UCAGGGGGAGAGCGCUACACACUCUUCCUCCUCUUCUUCCUCAUACUAUGAGACAGAGCCCAGCUUUCAUCGGAACCACUUGAUCCCACCAAACUGGACCCCCACAGCUGCAUGCCUCAACUUGGACAACGACAUUGUGUGUGAUGUUUGGAAAGGCUCCGUUGGAUUUGCAUCACUGAGGAAAUCUUGUAGAAGGAGCUGGGGGUGGGGCGGGGGAUUAAAAGCAGGAUUUUUGUUUCUUAAUCUUUAUUUUCACCUCUGUGCAAAAUGGAUGCCGUCGACAGGAUGUGGAGGCGCCCCUGGAUUAGCCGCUGAUGUGAUUGACAACUGGAAAGAGGAGGGGAGGGUGAACAAAGUUUUUUUUUUUGCAUCAUCCAGGAGGAGGAGAAGCGCGGGAUGCAGUCCGGAGUCAAGACGCUCUCCGCAGGUGGAGGUGCGUCCCUCUGUUGCCUGCUGCUCCUCUGGUUUAUCUAUUCACAGCUGCUACGAGAGGUUGCUGCCAUGCAUUGGACUGGCCAGUUGGCGGUGGGAACUUGCGAGAUCGUGAUGCUCAACAGGGACAGCAGCUUUCCCAGACGGACCAUCGCCAGGCAGACGGCCCGCUGUGCCUGCCGGAGAGGUCAGAUCGCCGGCACCACACGGGCGAGGCCAGCUUGUGUCGACGCUCGAAUCGUACGGAGUCGUCAGUGGUGUGAGAUGACACCCUGCAUGGAGGGCGAGGUCUGCAGCCUCCUUUUCAACCGCUCAGGCUGGACCUGCACCCGAGGCAGUGGACGCAUCAAGACCGUCACGCCUUUGCCCAAGGAGCCAUCAUAGGACGGAGUGGCAGAACUACAAAACUAUAUAGCUCCAUGCUAGGAGAUGAGCUGUGCUUGAUCACUACAUCAACAACAAAAAAGGUUCACAAACUCAACACCACGCCUUCACUUUCAAGUACUUUUUUUUUUUUUUUUUAACAGAAGGUGACAAAACCGUGUAGGCGCAUUUAUUGCAAGACAUUGACAAGGUGGAUCCACCCCUUCAUCUUCCAAGGUGAUUUUGCAAAAUCACUUGAUAUGGACCACUCGCUCAACACCUGUUCCAAUUUUUUGAGCUUACUAGGCAGUAGAAGAUGGACAUUUGUUAUCCAGCAUGGACGCCUACUGGACUCACCGAGGUGCACAAUAUGCUGACUCUGCAAAUGUGGACAUUUUGAAUGACUCGGCAUAUAACAUAGGUAGUGUUUGUUUUUUUUUUUUUAGACUAGUUUUGUCAAUGGAGAUCACUCUUCAUUACAACAUCAGCAGCAUUUACUGCAGCAUGAGUGUGCGUGCGUGCGUGUGUGUGUGUGUGUGUGUGUGUGUGUGUGUGUGUGUGUGUGUGUGUGUGUACGCACAUCCAGGGAUACACUGUGAAAUAAAUCAUAUCCAGUUGCAUUAUUCAUACUCCUGUUUUUGGAAUUUCACACCAAAACGCUACAAAAGGAGUGUUAGGGUCACACACAAAAAAGUCAUGAUAUCACGAGAAAUCAAAUUGGCAUGACGAUUUUUUUUGCAAAACAAGUAUAGUCAUCAAUCAAUCAAUUAAGUCCUGAUAUUACAAGAUAUUAAUUAAUAUAUUAAUAUUACUAUUGCAUUUAAAAAAAGUUCAACUUAACGAGAAUAAAGUAUUUUUUCCAGCAAAAAAGUUGGAAUACAAAAAGAAAGUUACAUAAACAAAGGGAAAAGCUGUAAUUUUACAAAUCUUUUUUUUUUUUUUUUUUUUUUUUUUUGAAAUAAGUGAACAUUUUUAAGUAGUGAAAGUCGUAAUGUUAUAUGUAUAAGGUCAGAUUUUUUUGGCCUAUUAAAAAAAGGCGGGAUUUUUCGAGACAAUAGUGUAAAAUUUGUAAUCGAGACUGAAGUCAUAAUUUUCUAAAAUAGGGUCAUAAUGUUACGCAAUUAAACUGGAAUAUCAUGAGGAAAGUGUAGUAAUGCCAUGGGAAAACAGUAUUUUAUUUUAUCAGGAAAAAAGUCGUAAUCGUACGAGAAUAAAGUAGUAAUUUAACUAAAUUGAGUUGGAAUGUUAUGUGGUUAAAUAAGGCCGUAAAUGUAUAAAACUGUAAAAUUCCGAGCAAAACGUCUUAGUAUUAUGAGAAAAAAGUCAAGUUAUAUUAAUUUUCCUUGCAGGAAUACAUGUAAUAUUACAAAAAAAAUUUUGUAAUGUGCACGACCACGACGAAAACCACACUGCUCCUCCUGAAUCUGAGAUUCAACUAUCCGGCGGAUCCUCCUUUCCAGAACCCCUGAAUAGACCUUACCAGGGAGGCUGAGGAGUGUGAUUCCACGAUAGUUGGAACACACCCUUCGGUCCUCCUUCUUAAAAAGGGGGACCACCACCCCUGUCUUCCAAUCCAGAGGUACUGCCCCCGAUGUCCACGCGAUGCUGCAGAGUCGUGUCAACCAAGACACGCCUACAGCACCCAUGGCCUUAAGGAACUCCGGGCGGCUCUCAUCCACCCCCAGGGCCCAGCCACCGAGGAGUUUUUUGACAACCUUAGCAACCUCAGCCCCAGAGAUAGGAGAGCCCACCGUGGAGUCCCCUGGCUCUGCUUCCUCAUAGGAAGACGUGUCGGUGGGAUUGAGGAGGUCUUCGAAGUAUUCUUUCCACCGAUCCACUACAUCCCGAGCCGAGGUCAGCAGCACACCAUCCCCACCAUACACGGUGUUGACUGUGCACUGCUUCCCCCUCUUGAGACGCCGAAUGGUGGUCCAGAAUCUCUUCGAAGCCAUCCGGAAGUCAUUCUCCAUGGCUUCUCCGAACUCUUAUGUCCGGGUUUUUGCCUCAGCGACUGCCAGAGCCGCAGACCGCUUGGCCUGCCGAUACCUGUCAGCUGCUUCCGGGGUCCCUUGAGCCAAAAAGGCCCGAUAGGACUCCUCCUUCAUCUUGACUGCAUCCUUCCCCACUGGUGUCCACCAUCGGGUUCUGGGAUUACCGCAUAUUACCGACCACUUUACGGCCACAGCUCUGAUCAGCUGCCUCGACAAUGGAGGCACAGAACAUGGCCCAUUCAGACUCAAUGUUCGCCACCUUCCUCUGAACAUGGUCGAAGCUCUCCUGGAGGUGGGAGUUCAAACUCCUUCUGACAGGGGACUCUGGCCGUUCCCAGCAGAUCCUCACAAUACGUUCGGGCCUGCCAGGACUGACCGACUUCCUCACCCACCAUUGGAGCCAAUUUACCACCAGGUGGUGGUCGGUUGACAGCUCCGCCCCUCUCUUCACCCAAGUGUCCAAAACAUAUGGCCGCAAGUCUGAUGAUUCGACCACAAAGUCAAUCAUGGAAGUGCGGCCUAGGGUGUCCUGGUGCCAAGUGCACAUGUGGACACCUUUAUGCUUGAACAUUGUGUUUGUUAUCGAUAAUCUGUGACGAGCACAGAAGUCCAAAAACAAAGCACUGCUCAGGUUCAGAUCAGGGGGGCCAGUCCUCCCAAUCACGCCUGUCGAGGUCUCACUGUCGCUACCAACGUGAGCGUUGAAGUCCUCCAGCAGAACAAGCGAAUCCCCUGAGGGAGCACUCUCCAGUACUUCCUCUAGAGACUCCAAAAAGGGUGGGUAUUCGGAGGGAAACUACCCUCUCGUUCACUGGGUUAAACUCCAACAUGCCGGCCACAAGCCGGGGCGCAACAAGAAUUGCCACCACUGCACGUCGCCUCUCACUGCUGGCAACGCCAGAGUGGAACAAAGUCCAUCACCUCUCGAGGACUGGUUCCAGAGCCCUUACUGUGCGUUGAGGUGAGUCCGACUAUAUCUAGCCGGAACUUCUCAACUUCGUGCACCAGUUCACGCUCUUUCCCUACCAGAGAGGUGACAUUCCAUGUCCCUAGAGCUAGUUUCUGUAGCCAAGGAUCAGACCGCCAAGAUCCCCGCCUUCGGCUGCCACCCAGCUCACUCUGCACCCGACCCCUUUGGCCCGUCCCAUGAGUGGUGAGCUCAUUGGAGGGGGGGACCCAUGUCGUUUCUUCGGGCUAUGCCCGGCCGGGCCCCAUGGGCGUAAGCCCGGCCACCAGACGCUCGUCAUCGUGCCCCUCCUCCAGGCCUGGCUCCAGAGGGGGGCCCCGGUGACCCGCGUCCGGGCAAGGAAAAACGUGGUCCAAUGUUUUUUUUCAUCAUAGAGGUCUAUUGAGUCACUCACCUAGGACCUGUUUGUCGUGGGUGACCCUACCAGGGGCAUAAAAACCCCCGACAACUUAGCUCCUAGGAUCAUCGGUACAGGCAAGCUCCUCCACCACGAUAAGGUGGCAGCUCAGCAAGGAGAAACUCAUAAUUUUAAGAAAUGAAUGUCAUAACCUUACUAGAACCUUUUCAGAACAAAUUUCUAAGAAAAAAAGGAAUACUUUUUUAAGGUUGUGGAAGGUGAAACGUUUUUAAAACACAAUAAAAAUUAAAUGACAACUUAUUCACAAUAAAAUUACAAUUUUUAUUAUUUUAUGACUUUUUUUCUUGUACUUUGUUUUUCAUUUUGGCCCUAAUACUCCUUCGUAGAACACGCUCCAUUCAUCUGGCACAAAAUAAGCUUUUAUUAUUUUACACAUGUUGGAACAUUUUCUUUUUUCCUUCUGUUCUUUCUCUGGUGCAGAUAAAUAUUUAUAUUACGUGUGGGAAGGAAAAAAAUGUAUCACUGAAAGUAGUGAGUAGUAACUUCUGCCAUUUGUUUGGAAAUAUUUGUCUAAAUUGAUUCUAUUUUGAUAUGAAAUGUUUUUUUGCCCAGCUAGAUGCUUGAUAUAUUUAAAAAGAUCAACUGUAUAUAAAUAUAUGUCAUGAUACAAUUAGUGUAUUUUACGUUCAGUGGGUGUAAUUGCGAGACUGUCAACCCGUUAUGGUCACUUUUGCUACCAUUGUUAUUGCUAACGUAGUAAGGGGUAAACAAACGCAUCAUUUUAAGGUAGCAACUGCUAUUCAUUUGUUCGUGUAUUAUCACACUGGCGAAACAGCUAGCUUAACUGGCUAAGAUGUGAACACAAUAACAGGAACAAAAGUAAAGUUUGAUUUUUUUUUUUUUUUUUUUAAA